GCUGUUUGCAUUACGUUUGGGGAAGUUGCUUAAUAUCGGAAAACACAGUACCGCAAUAUCAGUUGUCUGCUGUUCUCCAUUUAUGGGUGUAAUGUAGGUUUGAAAAUAACACCAGAAACAGCGCAGUAAGCUGGACAUCACGUCGGUUUAACUAAGCUUAAACAACUCAAUUUGUACCCGUUUUAUUAUCUCGCAAAAAUGAGUAAUUCAGUAACUCCCGCUACUUAUAUUCGUAACCUUAACUACAGUUUACGUCGCAGACUGUCAGAUUUCUUAGACCCUCAAGAUACGUGGAAAGAAGUCCUUAUCUCUAUACGGAAGCCGAGUGGAGAGUUUAGGUACUCUCAACAUCAUUUGAGGAAAUUUGAAGGCCUAGUUGCACAGGGGAGAAGUCCCACGGUGGAACUGCUAAAUGACUGGGGGACAUCCAACAGCACAGUGGGUGAACUUGUUGACAUUUUGAAGAGUCACAAGUUACUGGCUGCUGCGUGUGUUUUAUUACCUGUGGAGCAGGCCAUGGCCCCAGAACCACAGCAGGCCUCUCCAGUAGCACAAACAGACCUCCCAACCCGGCUACUGGGUGACACAGACACACAACCUGUCAGCUCCAACCUUCAACCACAGAUUCAACUGGAGAGCAGUGAACCAGGACACACAGGUGUCUCCAGUUUCUUGUAUAAUGAGCUGAUGCAGAUUACAGGCAACUUUGAUGACCGUCCCAUGUCAGAUGGCGGCCAUAGACUUGGAGAAGGAGGCUUUGGAACCGUUUACAAAGGUGUCCUAAAUAACAAACAUGUUGCAGUGAAAAAGCUCAAUCCAAUGGAUGGCAUCUCACUGGAUGAGCUACAAAUUCAAUUCAACCAGGAGAUUGAAACACUGAAAGUGUUGAAACAUGAGAACCUGGUGGACAUGGUUGGAUUUUCCUGUGAUGGACAGCAACCGUGUUUAGUGUAUGCCUUCAUGGCCAAUGGUUCUUUACUGGACCGACUGGCUUCCUUGGACAGCAGUCCUCCACUGUCAUGGCAACAGAGAUGCUCGAUCGCUGAAGGAACAGCAAGAGGCUUGGAGUAUCUGCACAUCAACCAUCAUGUCCAUAGAGAUGUUAAAAGUGCAAAUAUCCUGUUAGAUGAAAAAUUAGUUGCAAAAAUCUCCGACUUUGGGUUGACGAGAGCAUCAGACAAGCAGACAUCAACAACCAUGGUGACAGGGAGGAUUGUGGGUACGUGUGCAUACAUGGCACCUGAGGCGCUCAGAGGCGAAAUCACACCAAAAUCUGAUGUCUUCAGCUUUGGAGUGGUGUUGUUAGAAAUAUUGUCUGGACUCCCGCCAGCUGAUGAAAACCGUGAGCCACAGUUCUUGAUGGACAUGUGGCAUGAUAUAGAUGAUGAGGACGAGGAGCUGACUCUGGAGGACUUUCUGGACAAAAAGUUGAGAGACUGGAAGCUGAGCCAGGUGGAGAGUAUCUACUCUUUGGCUUGUAACUGUCUCCAUGAGAGGAAAAACAGACGGCCAGUCAUCAGACAGGUACUGUUGGAGAUUAAAGGAGUUGUCAAAAGCAUUUCACUGGAAUAAAGCGUAGCGUCAUAGAGAAGACAGAUUUCUGAGCCCUGUCUGGUCACAGUGCACAGAUUGACAAAUAUAUUUUCCACAGCUGUAUAUAAAUAUGUGCCUGUUGUGACUGACAUAAGAAUUAUUUUUGCAUCUAUUUUUACAAUUGUCAAUAUUUUAUUUUACAUGAUUUACUAUGGUUUUUGUAAAAGUGUGUAGCUUAGGUUUUAUACUGUAGUUGUGUACCUUUUGCAGUAUACUGAAAUGACAUGAAGUAUUCUGUGCAGUUAAUAUGAAGAACAUUUGUGAUUGUUCUUCCUACAGUGUUACCAUCAUGUAUUUAUUGUGAUGAAAAAGUUAAAAGUAAUAAAAAUCAAU